UACAAAUGAAAACAGUAGAUUCAGUGGCUUAUCAAAUCCAUCAGCUGAUGAACGAUAAAAGUGGUUAGACGUCGUGAUAAUGUGAUUGCCAAGGCCUUGCGUGGACGCUAGUCGCACCACCGCACGCGUUCAGCGUCUCUCGAAACACUACUCCACAUUAAGCUCGUAAAACCACGUCGGAUGAUACGGUGUGAGAAAGUUGCUUGGAAACUGACCAACAGAAAUUCUGGUGUAGACUAUGGAUUCACUCUCUGAUAUACCAUCCAUACCAAAUUCUGAUGAGGAAGAUGAACCAGAUUCCAAGUGUUCACCAGUGAGUUACAAAGAGCGAAGAAGAGAAGCACACACACAGGCUGAGCAAAAAAGAAGAGAUGCCAUCAAGAAAGGUUAUGAUUCCCUUCAGGAAUUGGUACCUACUUGUCAACAAAAUGAUAUUUCAGGUUACAAGCUGAGCAAAGCAACUGUGUUACAAAAAUCAAUAGAUUAUAUCCAAUACUUACAACAACAGAAAAAGAAACAAGAGGAUGAACGAAAUGCGCUCCGGAAAGAAGUAAUCGCCUUAAAAAUAAUGCAGACCAACUAUGAGCAAAUUGUCAAAGCUCAGCAGACUCAACCGGGCCAUGCUGAGACGCGAGUAUCAGAUGAGAUUAAAUUUUCAGUCUUUCGUGUUAUAAUGGAUCAAUUAUUCCUAACAUUCAGCACCAUAUCCGUGAACAACUUCUCCGAGCUGUCCGCAGGAGUUUUCAGCUGGCUGGAGGAGUAUUGCAAGCCGCAGAUGCUCAAAGAUACGGUUUUCCGCGUGUUGCACUUGCACAGUCAGCAUGUGCAACAGAACGGCGUACAGACGACUUAAGACGUCAUUACAACGCGACGAUCAAUUGAUUUGUGUUUGUGUUUUAAUGUGCGCACAAAUGGUUAAGUUUAAACGUUUUAUUGAAUGUUGAUUUCAUUUCUUAUUUUAAUGAUUGACGGUUUUACGUUGAGCGAACCUAGUUUUACUAAAUAAUUAUAUUGUCUUAUCUAUCUGUGUAUCUAAAAUUAGAUAUAUUUUGUAAGAAAUUUAUGCGAAACAAAAUGGUGGAUAAUGUGUGAUAAAUCACGAAAUAAAAUUACUACACAUUGAAAUAUUAAGAAA